UUUCGUUAUUAAUUUUUUAAAAGAAAAAGAUAAGGAGAGAGGAAAAAGAGAAGAAAUUAACUUGGGGAAGAAGUCAGUUUUAUAUAACACUGAAGCCAAAACCACUAUUUUCUCCCGUCUCCCAGCUCUUUGAUUCCUCUGCAUCGGUGCGAGCUCAUCUUUUCAUCGCUUAGGGAUUUUGCUAAUAUCUGAGAUAUGGAUCUUAACAAACUCUAUCUAAAUGCCCCUCAUUCCAUGGGCACGACCAUCAUCGGCGUCACUUACAACGGAGGAGUUGUUCUCGGAGCCGACUCUCGGACCAGCACUGGUGAGGAUUCAAUUGGGUUAGGGAUCAGCAGCCCAAGGGCGAGGACCAUGCUUGAGGAGGAGGGCUUUGGUGCCUUUUACAAGCUUCCAUUCCAAAGCAAUAGCUGGCACACGUACAGAAGGGGAAAACUCGUGUGCAGAAGGGGGAAAAUAAGAAGAAAUGAGACUCUAGUUUUUCAAAAUUGUAACUUAUUAUAAUGUUUUGUCAUUAUAAUUUAUAGGAAAAGACAAUAGUAUCCCUGCCUAAUUAAUUUGGCACUAUUUUUCUUCAAAAAAUUGAGUUAUUAUAUUAAUGGAAUUUAAACAGACAA